AUGAACGUCUUGUUCGACGUGAAGCGCGAUGCUCUCCUCAACAACUUCAUCUUCCCAUCGCCACAAGCCUCCUACAAGUGGGAUUCAUUCCCUGGUCGGCUGCUCUGCGUCGCUGGGCUCGAAGGAAACGUCUUCCCUUGCGUUAGUGUACCGUCAGCCACCAUCCAUGAGCUCACAUGGCUAGCAGCUGCUUAUCACGAGGAAUCCGGAGAAGCAGGAGGAGGAGGAGGAGGAGACGGGACUUGGGAGCACUACAUGACCUUGAAGCUCAUCUGCUGGUUCUCUACCGCCAUGCGGAUGCACGUCCUUGUGCCAGAGUACCCUGGGUAUGGGAUGGCCGGCGGCAGAGCAAACGAGGAGAGCGUGUUAGCAAACGUGAGAUCUGCGUAUCACUUUGCUCUUCAUGGUCUGUGCUGGAAGCCGGAAAAGAUCCUGCUGGUGGGGCGAUCUGUGGGAACAGGAGUUGCAAUUAGACUCGCCUCGGAGUUGCCCAUCGGGGGUCUCGCGCUGUUGAGCCCUUUCACGAGCGUGAAGAUCACGGCAUGGUUGCUAGCUGAGGGGCCGGACAUUUUCCCUUCCGACCAGUUCAUUGACAAGGUGAUCUGCCCGACGCUGAUCAUUCAUGGAUCCAAGGACAACGUGAUUACGAGCGAUCACUCGAUAAAACUCUUCGACUGUCUCAACGCCAGGCCAAAAGUUCUUCACGUCUUGCAGGACCUCGGACAUGGCAACGUGGAACUCUUCUUCAUGGCAGCGAAAGAAAUCCCCCGCGUCUUUGGGCUGGCCAAGGGGAGCAGAUCGCUCAGUCUGGAAAUGUUUCUCAACGAUCCGUAUUUGCAAGGGGACACAGUUGCUUCUCCCAUUCCAGCGUUCGACUGCAAGUCAAAGGUUGUCAAGUGCGACGACUGCGGGUCAAACGGCUGA